AUGACGACUUCUCCUGUGCUCGAAGGUGACACCCAAAAUCAAUUGAAGUCCUUCUCAGAGGCGAUUUUGCGGCACAAAAGUGGCAACUAUCCUUCGUUGAGGGCCUCAAACGAUGGCCACUUUUUCCCCUCUACCAAUGGUGCAACGUCCAACAGGGGUAAUAAACUCUUACAAAAGUCGGAUGGUGUUAGUCGCACAACGCUCAGAAACUUAGCUGACAGUAAGGAAGAGCAAGUUUUUUACAAUGGGUCCUUCCAUAAAUUACUGGCAAGGAAACGACAUCACGAAGACAGUGAUGACGAGGACUCCACCGUCAAUCUUCAUAACUUAGUUGAUUUACGACAAGUGUUAGCCCCAGUCUCAUCUUUAAAGGAUAUAGCUGUGCAUCCGGCAGUCUCCAAGACAUACAAGAACGAGGUUUUGGGUGAGCUGGCGCUGCAGACGGUGUUAAUGAUUGAAAAGGAACAAAAAAACGUUGUCGCACUGUCGAAGCUGUUGGAAGCCUUUUUGGGAGACUACCCUGGGGCAUUAUUGGAGCAAAAUUUAAGGCUGAAAGAGUACAAUCACAAUUUGAAGUUAGGGGAAGAUGCAGAAGAUCAUAGUUCCACCCAACCACCGCUUGACAUAAAACCCGAUGGAUAUCCCCAGGAUGAUGAAGAUCCUUUCUUUGCACUACCGCAAUUUGAUCCAUACUCUUUCCUACCGUCAGUCGUUUCGCAAAAUCUUGGUCAGAGCACCGAAGAAGUGGAGGCUGGUCGACAGCUAACCCAAAUUGCUCUACAGCGAAAUCAAGAAUUUAUCAGAAAUUUACAGAAAAUAAGAAACUGCAUCGUGAAGGCUCAGCGCAUAAAGGAACGUAUACAUCUAUGGGGUCGCGAGUAUGCGGGCAUUCAAGAAGAAGAUGUGACCGUCCCCACUGCAUUGCACGCUGUUAAGCGGGGCUUGAUUAGUGCCACGACAAAUAGAACUGUGACCGAAGAGAAUAUAGAGCCAGAAGUGGAAGAUGAGGAAGUGUAA